CCUGCGCCAAAGGACUUAGACUCCGAAGGUUAGGUCGUCGACCGGACCGAUCCAAGAUGACUGACAACCUGUUUGUCAGUUUGGACAGGCUUUUGUUAGAAUUUGUUUUCCAGUAUGAACAAGACAAAAGUACUAAAGAAGCUAUGAUUCAAAGAAUUAAUAAAUGCCUUGAAAGUAUUAAAGAAAACAAAGCAAAUGUCUCUAACAUAUGUGAAGCUAUAAACAAAACAGAUGAGGAAAUUGCUUAUUACUGUAAACAUAGUAAAGAAAUGAAAGACUGCUAUAGUAACUGGAAGCCAACAUGUGAUGUUUUUCAUAAACAUGAAGAUUAUAUACAAGAUCAACUUACUGUUUACCAAGAAACCAAUGAAAAAGACAAAAAAAUGUAUCAUGGUUAUAUAUGUCAGUAUGAAGAUGUUUUGAAACAAUACCAACUAAAAUACUCAGAAACACGUUUUUCAUGUAAAUAUUAUGAGAAGAAAAAAGAACAUGAAGAAAUUCAAAACAGAGUGUUGGCAUGUACUGAACAACUAAAACAUAAUGAAACUAUUCUUAUGGAACUUCUAGUUCCUGCUCCGUUCCCAUCACUUACUAAAUGGACAUUACACAUAGUUAAUUUGAGAUAUAAAACACAAGACAUUCUUAAAUGUGCCAACAAUUUUACCAAGAGAUCACUCGAAUUGGAGAAAGAAGCGGAUGAUAUGGAAAUAGAAAUUAAUUCUUUAAAUAAGCAGAUUGCAAGACUUUUUGAAAGUAAGAAUUUUUCAGAAAUACUAGAAGAAAAGAAUAAAAAUACAGAAAAGAGAAAAGAAAUUAAAGAAAGAAUUUUUGAAAAAGAUGAGCACGUGUUGAACAGAUCGUCUCAGAGUAGCCACUUACUAUCACCUUGUGAGUCUCAGAAAUUUGUAAGACUAAUAAAGAUACAUUCUUCAGAACCAAGAGUUAAAGAUAAAAAAGAAGAAAAUUCAGUCAAUCAAGAAGAAAAUUCAGUCAAUCAGUCAAAGUUUUCUAGUAGUGAUUUGAGACAAAAAGAAAAUGAUUCACAGAUAUUUAAUGACUCUGAUAUGGAUAGUAGUUCAAAAUGUUCACAUGUUACAGGUUUUAUGCAAUUCAGGUUGAAUCAGUCAAAUUGCAGUCAAUGGAUUGAAAAAGGACAUACAGAUGCUGGGUGUGGAAAUAAAGAGACAGUAAGACAACUAAGAGAAUCACAAUAUACUCCACAGGCCAUGUACAUAGAACACUUUGAAAAAUCAAUAGAAAAUAAAAGUGCUGAAGAUGAAGAAAGGGCUGAGAAUUUUCCAAAAACUCCUGAAACUCCUUUAUUUCUAAAAACUCUGGAAGCUAUGAAGACACCUGAAUCUGUAGAGAAAAUGCAGUUCCCUAAAAGUCCCUUCUUUGAAAUAACAAGAAAUGUAGUAUCUGAUGAACAAAAACAAAAGGAUUCUUCUGGAUUCUCAUUUCUUACGAGUUAUACUUCUAGAUCACCUGGACUAAAUUUAUUUGAUUCCUUUGUUUCUGAUUCAGAAAUCUCAUCAGAUCAGUUUAAUGAACAUUACUCUGCAGUAAACCUAAAUCCUUCUUCAUCACAACAAGAAAUUGGAAACUUAUUUGGGAAAUCAGAAGGAGAAGAUACCUUCACGUUUUCUUUUCCCUCAGACUCUUCAACUCAUACGUUUGGAACUGGAAAAGAUGACUUUAGUUUUCCAUUUUCUUUUGAAUAGAAUCAAAACAUGAAGUUAUUUAAGUAUUGAAUGUUUUAUUUUUAUUGUGGCAUAAGAUAAUCAUUAUUUAUUUUAAUUUUGACUUUGUAAACCCUUUCAGACAGUCCUUCUAUCAAUAUUUUUCCAUUAGUUUUGUAUAAUAUUAAGUCCAUUUCUCCCUGGAAUUUGAGUUUUAGUUUGGUAAUAUUUUAGUUAUUUUGAUAGUAAUAAGGAUAUCUUCAAAUGAUCAGAAGACCUUUUAAUGAUAACUGUGCAGAAUUCAUACUUUAGCAAUUAAAAGUCUUGGAAUCACUGGGUUUUAUUUAUGCUUCAUUAUUGCAGGAUACAAAAUGGAAUUCUGAUAGUAAUUUUAAAAAUUCAUGUCAAUGACAAUAAAGGUUUAUGUUAUUUUCUUCUAAGUGCAACAACGGUAAAAUUCUACUUUUGCUAAUUAUGUUACUAAAAUGUGAAAGACUAAUACCUGAAAAUUGUAUUGCUCUAUCUCUGGUUGCUUAGCUUUGGUUUAAGCUUUUUUGAUUAAUAAAAUUUUUUUUUGUUUUCCAUCUUCAACAAGUAACAUUUCAUAUUAACAUUUUUAGUUUUUAUAGUUUAUAUUUUGUUUCAUGUUUGUAGUUUUUUGUUUUAGGGGGGGAUUGAGACAGGGCUUUCAUGUUCAUAUUCCAUAUUUGUCAAUUAGAUAUAGCUUGAAUUAAGAUAUUUAAACUUUGGUGAAAUUAUAUACUUAAUAUCUUUAUGUGCUUUUUAAGUUGAGUUAUCAAGUAAUAAAGAUUAUGGCUCCACA